AGCAUCCCAGCUUCAGUCCCUACAGCUCCUCCAUCUGCACAGCGGAGCUGGACGGACCAGCCAGAAUGUGGAGACCACUGCUACUUAAACUCAUUCUCGUCUUCAUGUGCUGUGUUAGAUGGUGCCACUCUGAAGGAUGUGAACUGGGGCAGUUCCGCUGCGGGACAGGCCGAUGUAUCCCAGGUGACUGGCACUGUGACGGGACAUCAGACUGUGUGGAUGACUCUGAUGAAAACGACUGCCCUCAGGUAACAUGUGAUGACAGUCAUUUCCGGUGCUUGAGUGACGGCGAGUGCAUCCCAGAUGUGUGGGUGUGCGAUGAUGAGGAAGACUGUGAGGACGGCUCAGAUGAGAGGCAACACUGCCCUGGAAGGACGUGCACCAGCGGCCAGUUCAGCUGCAGUAACGGGGCGUGCAUCCCAGGAGAAUACCGAUGUGACCGUCUGGCAGACUGCUCAGAUGGGUCUGAUGAGAGUAACUGCCAUUAUCCCGAGUGUACACAUCUGAGAUGUGCUAACGGGGCCUGCUACAACCGGACUCAGCGAUGUGACCAGAUACUUGACUGCCGUGAUGGCUCUGAUGAGGCAAACUGCACACAGCACUGCAACACAGGCCUGUUUCCAUGUCAUAACGGAGUGUGUGUUCCCCAGCACUACGUCUGUGACCAUGAUGAUGACUGUGGAGACAGAAGUGAUGAGCUAAAUUGCACAUAUCCUACAUGUAGAGGGAACUACUUCACCUGCCCCAGUGGCCGCUGUAUCCAUCAAGUCUGGGUUUGUGAUGGAGAGGAUGAUUGUGAGGACAAUGCUGACGAAAAAGGCUGUGAUAAUGUGCCGAGAGAGUGUUACCCAGGAGAAUGGCCCUGUCCAUCCUCUGGCCUAUGUAUCCCCAUGGAUCAGCUGUGUGAUGGGACAGCUCACUGUCCCGAAGGAGAGGACGAAACUAACAGCACUGCCGGCCGCAACUGCAGUAUCUGGAGAUGUGCCGCUCUAAGCUGCGAGCAUCGUUGUCAUGCUUCUCCUGAAGGAGGAACCUGUACUUGUCCUUCUGGAUACGUUGUCAGUAGCAACAACAGUCGCUCAUGUAUAGACUUUGACGACUGUUCGAUGUGGGGUGCGUGUGACCAGCUGUGUGAGGACCGCAUAGGCUCCCAUCGCUGCAGCUGUCGAGAGGGCUACACCCUGGAGCAGCACAGAUACUGCAGAGCCGAUACCUGGACUGGAGUUCCUUCCUUGAUAUUUUCCAAUGGCAGAGACCUGCUAAUAGGUGACAUCCAUGGCAACAGUCUGCGCACUUUGGUUCAUUCACAGAACAGAGGGGUUGCAGUAGGAGUUGACUUCCACUAUAAUCUCCAUAGGAUCUUCUGGACUGAUACCAUUCAGAAUAAGGUGUUUUCUGUGGAUAUGAACGGUUCCAACAUGCAGGUGGUUUUAAACGUAUCAGUUGACUACCCUGAGAAUUUGGCAGUGGAUUGGGUGAACAAUAAACUGUAUGUGGUGGAGGCCAGUGUCAACAGGAUUGACAUGGUGGACUUUGAUGGAAGUAACCGGGUCACGCUCAUCACUGAAAACCUGGGAAACCCUAGAGGACUGGCGGUGGACCCCACUGUCGGGUAUAUGUUCUUCUCAGAUUGGGAGGCGCUGAAUGGACAACCAGGCCUGGAGCGGGCUUUCAUGGAUGGCACAAACCGUUAUGGGAUCAUUGGGAGUAAACUGGGCUGGCCAGCUGGUAUCACACUGGACAUUGAGGCCAAGCGCAUCUACUGGGUUGACAGUCGCUAUGACUACAUUGAAACUGCAACAUAUGAUGGCCUUCACAGAAAAACAGUGGUCCAUGGAGGUGCUGUGAUCCCACACCCAUUUGGCAUCAGUCUGUUUGAGCACAAUGUCUAUUUCACGGACUGGACCAAGAUGGCUGUGAUGAAAGCCAACAAGUUCACUGACAGCAGUCCUCAAGUGGUUUACAGUACAUCUCAGACUCCACAUGGAGUAGCAGUGAUACAUCAGCUGAAACAGCCACAUGUGCCAAACCCUUGCAAUGUAGACAGAGGCGGAUGUGAGCAGAUCUGUGUUCUGAGUCACAGGAGUGACAAUGGAGGACUGGGUUACCGCUGCAAAUGUCGCAUGGGCUACGACCUACAUGCUGAUGGAAAACGAUGCUUGGCUGUGAGGCAGUUUCUGCUGUUCUCCAGCCAGCUGGCAGUGAGAGGGAUUCCCUUUAACCUCUCCUCUCAGGAAGACAUCAUCCUACCCGUCACUGGAUCACCCUCCUACUUUGUAGGGGUGGAUUUUAGUGCUGAAGACGAUGCCAUCUUUUUCUCAGACACAGUCAAAAAUAUUAUCUACAAACAGAAAGUGGAUGGGACAGGCAGGGAGGUACUUGCAGCCAAUAGAGUAGAUGGAGUGGAGGACCUGGCUUACGACUGGAUUUCCAAAAACCUCUACUGGACUGACCCGCGAUACAGGAGCAUAUCUGUCAUGAGGCUAGCUGAUAAGUCCAGGAGAACCAUCAUACGCAACCUCAACAACCCAAGGGCCAUCGUGGUGCAUCCUCUCAUUGGGUAUAUUUUUUGGACUGACUGGUACCGGCCAGCGAAGAUUAUGAGGGCAUGGGGUGACGGGUCACAUGCCCUGUCUAUUGUAAACACAACUCUUGGCUGGCCAAAUGGCCUAGCCAUUGACUGGAGCUCAAUGCGUCUGUAUUGGGUGGAUGCCUUCUUUGACAAAAUUGAGCACAGCAGUUUUGAUGGAAAGAACAGGUUUUCAUUGGACCGCAUUACCCAGAUCUCCCAUCCAUUUGGUUUAACCAUUUUUGAAGGCUAUGCAUAUUUCACUGACUGGCGUCUGGGAGGCAUUGUACGUGUGCGCAAGACCGAUGGUGGGGAGAUGGUUAUUAUCAGAAGAGGAAUCAGCCACAUUAUGCAUGUCAAGUCUUUUAACUCCAACUCUCAGAUUGGUUCCAACCUCUGCAACAGGCAGACAAAUCCUAAUGGAGACUGCAGCCACUUCUGCUUCCCGGCCCCAGACUCGCAGAGGGUGUGUGGCUGCCCGUAUGGCAUGAAGCUGUCGCCCAACAAACAGACAUGUGUGGAGGACCCUUCCAGUGAGCCCCCCACACUGCAGUGCGGAGCCAACUCCUUCUCCUGUGGCAACGGCAAAUGUAUCCCAAACAGCUACAGAUGCGAUGGUGUUGACGACUGCCAUGACAACACUGACGAAAUCAACUGUGGAAUUAACAACACCACAUGCUCCCCCUCUGCAUUCACCUGUGCCAAUCAGCGCUGUGUGCCUGCAGGAUGGCGCUGUGAUGGGCACAAUGACUGUUUUGAUAACAGCGAUGAGAACAACUGCCCUACGCAGUUGCCUGGAACGUGCCCUGCCAGUCAGUUUACCUGUGCCAACCACCGCUGCAUCCCACAUACCUGGCGUUGCGACACUGAUAAUGACUGUGGGGACAGUUCAGAUGAAGCUGACUGCCAUCUGGGAAGCACAUGCCAUCCAGGACAGUUUCAGUGUCCAGACCACCGCUGUAUAGACCCCAACUACGUCUGCGAUGGGGACAGGGACUGUGUGGAUGGAGCAGAUGAGCAGGGAUGCAUCUACAACUGCACUGUGAAUGAGUUCAAGUGCUCCAGUGGUCACCAGUGUGUCAACUCCUACUACCGAUGUGAUGGGGUCUUUGAUUGCAGUGAUCGCUCGGAUGAGCAAGGCUGUCCUACCAGGCCUCCAGGGAUGUGCCACCAUGAGAGUGAGUUCCAGUGCCAGUCAGACGGGAGCUGCGUCCCGUCUACCUGGGAGUGUGAUGGUCAUCCCGACUGUGAGGACGGCAGCGACGAACACCACGCCUGCCCACCACGCACCUGCCCUUCCUCACUCUUCCGCUGUGACAAUGGAAACUGUGUGCUAAACAGUUGGAUUUGCGAUGGGGACAAUGACUGCAGGGACAUGAGUGAUGAACGAGACUGUCCCACGCCACCUUUUCGAUGUCCAAGCUGGCAGUGGCAGUGCCCUGGCCACAGCGUGUGCAUCAACCUCACCACAGUGUGCGACAACACUCCUAACUGCCCCAAUGGUGCUGAUGAAUCUCCUCUUUGCAAUGAGCCUUUGCCAGAUCAGGAAAGCUGCUCUGACAACAAUGCUGGCUGCACCCAUGGUUGUAUCCAAGGGCCGUUUGGGGCCCAGUGCACGUGCCCUGUGGGUUAUCAACUAAGCAAUGACUCCAAAACCUGUGAGGAUAUAGAUGAGUGUAAUCCCCUUGGACUUUGUAGCCAGCAGUGCUUUAAUGAGAGAGGCUCUUACCGCUGCCACUGCCUGGAUGGUUACACUCUGGAAGCAGACCAACGUACCUGCAAGGCCUCAGAUUCUCGUCAGGCCUUCUUGCUCGUGGCCAGUCGAAAUCAGAUUGUGCAAGAUGACAUAACCACUCAGCCCAACGUGGUCCGCUCACUGGUUCGAGACGGACGCAACAUUGUGGCCCUAGAUUUUGACUCGGCCACUGACCGUGUAUACUGGUCCGAUACCAGUCAGGAUAGAAUCUGGAGUGCUCACAAAAACAGCAGUGAUAGAACUGUGAUAUUUGACAGUGGAGUGACUGUGACAGAGAGCCUUGCUGUAGACUGGGUUGGCAGGAACCUGUACUGGACUGACUAUGUCUUGGAGACUAUUGAAGUGUCUGAACUGGAUGGCACCCAUCGGACUGUAUUAGUUAGUGAAAAUGUCACCAACCCUCGAGCCCUGGUGCUGGACCCAAGAGACAGUGCUCACCUGAUGUUCUGGACUGACUGGGGGAGGAACCCCCGCAUUGAGAGAGCCAGCAUGGAUGGAAAAUUGAGGACUGUUAUUGUAAGCAACAAGCUGCACUGGCCCAAUGGUCUAACCAUAGACUACCCAAACAAUUUGUUGUACUUUGCUGAUGCCUACUUGGAUUUCAUUGACUACUGCGAUUAUAACGGCAACAACAGAAAGCAAGUUCUGGCCAGUGACCUGGUACUGCAACAUCCCCACGCAAUUACCAUUUUUGAGGAUUUUGUGUAUUGGACCGACAGAUACAUCAACCGUGUGAUGCGAGCCCAUAAGUGGCACGGGGAGAACCAAACAGUGAUGCUGUUCAACCUCCCUCAGCCCAUGGGUCUGGUGGCAGUACACCCAGCCAGGCAGCCGGCAGGUGAAAAUCACUGCCUGAGGAGCCGCUGUACUCAUAUCUGCCUGCUUUCUGCUGUGGGACCGACGUAUUACUCCUGUGCCUGCCCCUCAGGCUGGACACUGGCAGCAGACCAAAUCACCUGCACCAGAGUUGAGGAUCCUUUCCUGGUGGUUGUGAGAGACAGCAUCAUCUAUGGCAUUUCCUUGAACCCAGAUGACAAGAGUAAUGAUGCUAUGGUCCCUGUUGCUGGGCUUCAGAAUGGCUAUGAUGUUGACUUUGAUGACAGUGAACAGACCAUCUACUGGGUGGAGCACCCGGGUGAGAUCCACCGGGUGAAAUCAGAUGGUACUAACAGGACAGAGUUUGCCCCUGCAGCCAUCCUGGGCUCCCCUGUUGGCCUGGCCUUGGACUGGUUAACAGAGAACCUGUACUACACCAAUCCAGCCACACAGUCCAUUGAGGUUUUGAAGUUGAGAGGGGAGGUACAGUACCGGAAAACUCUAAUCACAAAUAACGGCUCUCCAACUGGCGCUGGCACUCCUGUUGGCAUCGCAGUGGACCCAGCACGUGGCAAACUGUACUGGACAGACCAGGGAACAGAGAGUGGCAUUCCUGCCAAGGUGGCAUCUGCAGACAUGGAUGGCUUAAACCCUGUCAACCUGUUCACCAACAAUCUACAUCACAUUGAGUUCGUCACUGUCGACAUCCAGGAGAACAAGCUGUACUGGGCUGUUACAGGCACGGGCAUGAUUGAGCGUGGUGAUCCAGACGGGAGUAACCGUAUCACCAUAGUGACAGGCCUGUCUCACCCCUGGGGUGUGGCUGUCUAUCAAAACUACCUCUACUUCACUGACCGCGACUUUGAGGUCAUAGAGCGUGUGGACAAGUCCACGGGUGCCAACAAGGUUGUGCUGCGAGACAACAUUUCUGGUCUCAGAGUUCUGAAAGUGCAUUAUAGAGAGACCUCUGCAGGCACAUCCAAUGGCUGCACCAACAAUGUGGGAGUGUGUGAGCAGCUAUGCCUGCCCCGGCCGCAGGGUCUGUUUACUUGUGCAUGUGCCACAGGUUUUAAACUCAAUUCCGAAAACAGGACCUGCGCUCCCUACCAGUCCUACGUCGUCAUCUCCACUCUGUCUGCAAUCAAAGGCGUCAGUCUGGAAGGGGCAGACCACUCUGAGGCCAUGGUGCCAGUGGCUGGGAGAGGCCGUAAUGCUUUACACAUUGAUGUACACAUGGCUUCUGGUUUCAUCUACUGGUGCGACUUCAGCAGCACUGUGGCGACACAGAACGGGGUCAGAAGGAUCAAGCCAGAUGGCUCAGGAUUACAUAGCAUAGUGACAUCUGGAAUAGGACGCAACGGGAUACGAGGCAUUGCUGUGGACUGGGCUGCAGGGAACUUGUAUUUCACCAACGCUUUCCUGACUGAGACGUAUGUGGAGGUGCUCCGCCUAAACACCACUUUCCGCAGGGUGCUCCUGAAGACCCAGGUGGACAUGCCACGCCACAUCAUUGUGGACCCCAGAAACAGAUACUUGUUCUGGGCAGAUUAUGGUCAGAGCCCCAAAAUUGAGCGAGCACUCUUGGACGGAACCAACCGCACAAUUUUAGUGUCAUCGGGCAUUAUCACUCCGCGGGGUCUUGCUCUGGACUGGCAAACUGGCUAUGUCUACUGGGUGGAUGACUCCCUGGAUAUGAUUGCUCGAGUCAACCCUAAAGGAGGGGAGACAGAGAUAGUCAGGUAUGGCAGCCGCUACCCAACUCCUUAUGGGAUCACAGUGUUUCAGAGUAGCAUCAUUUGGGUGGACAGAAACCUCAAGAAGGUGUUUCAAGCAAGCAAAGAGCCCGGUAGCACAGAGCAGCCUGCUGUCAUUAGAGACAACAUUAACAUGCUGAGAGAUGUUACCAUCUUUGACCAGCGUACCCAGCCCUCCAGUGCUCAGGAGCUUAACUACAACCCCUGCAUUGAGGCCAAUGGAGGCUGUGCCCACUUCUGCUUCGCCCUCCCAGGUUCUGGCACAGGAAGCCAGAACAAGAAAUGCAGCUGUGCUUUUGGGAAUCUUGCAGCAGACAACAAGAGCUGUGUGGUGUCAAAAGACGAUUAUCUCAUUUACACAACUGAGAGCACCGUGCGCAGCCUGCGCCUCGACCCCGAGGACCACGCAUUGCCCUUCCCCGUGGUCAAUGUGCCACGUACCUCAGUGGCACUGGACUUUGACCUCAAUGACAGGAGGAUCUACUUCACACAGAGCUCAGGCAUAGGAGCAAGCAAGAUCAGCUACAUCAGCCUGUCCUCUCCCACCUCAGCCCCUGUUGUGGUGGCUUCAGAUCUUGGGGCUCCUGAUGGCAUCGCUUUUGACUGGAUCAACAGAAGAAUUUACUACAGUGACUAUGUUAACCAGAGCAUAAGCUCCAUGUCUGUGGAUGGCUCUCAGAGGACUGUUAUAGCCCAUGUGUCUAGACCAAGGGCCAUCAUGUUGGAUCCCUGCAGGGGAUACAUGUAUUGGACAGACUGGGGUACCCAUGCAAAGAUUGAGCGUGCCACCUUAGGUGGAAACUUCAGAACAGAGGUUGUGAACAGCAGUCUUGUGUGGCCUAAUGGUCUGACCCUGGACUAUGAAGAAGAGAGGCUGUAUUGGGCGGAUGCCAGCUUACAGAAGAUUGAGCGAUCAUCUCUCACGGGGUCAAAUCGGGAAGUCAUCGUCAGCACGGCCAUCUACCCCUUUGCUAUGACCAUGUUUGGCCAGUUCAUCUAUUGGACUGACUGGAACACACGCAGCAUCUAUCGGGCCAACAAGCACGACGGUUCUGAUCAGAGGGUCAUGAUUCAGAACCUUCCAUCUCGGCCAAUGGACAUCCAUGCUCUGGCCAGCAGGAAGCAGCAGCAGUGUGACAGUCCUUGCCAGCAGUUUAAUGGAGGCUGCAGCCACAUCUGUACACCAGGACCCAAUGGAGCUGAGUGUCAGUGUCCGUCAGACGGUCGCUGGUACCUGGCCGACAACAAGCACUGUAUCCCUGAUAAUGGGACUCGCUGCCAGCCAGGACAGUUUACCUGCAUGAAUGGCCGCUGUAUUCGUGCCCAGUGGAAAUGUGACAAUGACAACGACUGUGGAGAUGGCAGCGAUGAGUUGGAGAGAGUCUGUGCCUUCCACACCUGUGAGCCCACGGUGUUUACUUGUGGCAAUGGGCGAUGUGUGCCCUACCACUACCGCUGUGACCACUAUGACGACUGUGGAGACAACAGCGACGAGGUGGGCUGUCUGUUCAGACCGUGCGACCCCAACACGGAGUUCACCUGCAACAAUGGGCGCUGUAUUUCAAAGGACUAUGUUUGCAAUGGCAUCAACAACUGCUAUGACAACGGCACCUCUGAUGAACAAAACUGCCCGGAGAGAACCUGCCAGCCAGAACACACAAAAUGUCAGUCUACCAACAUUUGCAUCCCACGUUCAUACCUGUGUGAUGGAGACAAUGACUGUGGUGACAUGAGCGACGAGAGCCCUACACAUUGUGCUGCAUCCACGUGUUCCCAGAGUGAGUUCCGUUGCAGCAGCGGUCGCUGCAUCCCAGCCCACUGGUACUGUGAUGGAGGAGCGGACUGUGCCGACGGCUCUGAUGAGCCCCCUUCCUGCACCACUCUGGUCAGGACCUGCAACACAGAUCAAUUCCGCUGUGAUGAUGGCAGGUGUAUUGCCUCAUCCUGGAUCUGUGAUGGGGACAAUGACUGUGGGGACAUGAGCGACGAGGACCUGAGGCAUAAUUGUGCCAAUCGCACAUGUUCAAGCACAGAGUUCACCUGUGUGAACAACCAACCACCUCAGCGGAAAUGCAUCCCACGUGACUGGGUGUGUGACGGAGACGCAGACUGUGCAGAUGCAUUAGAUGAGCAUCAAAACUGCACACGCAGAUCCUGUGGCAUAAAUGAGUUCACCUGUGGCAAUGGCCUCUGCAUACGGAGCUCCUACAGGUGUGAUCGACGUAAUGACUGCGGGGACAGCAGUGAUGAGCAGGGCUGCUCCUACCAGGCCUGCCAACAGCACCAGUUCACCUGCCAGAACGGCCGCUGCGUGUCCCACGACUUUGUCUGCGAUGGGGACAAUGACUGUGGCGACGAGUCUGAUGAGCUGGAGCACAUGUGCCACACGCCAGCACCAACCUGCCCCCCUGGAGAGUUCAGAUGUGACAAUGGACACUGUAUCCCCUUGAGUCAGGUGUGCGACAGGAACGAUGACUGCUCUGACAACAGCGAUGAGAAGGGAUGCGGUAUCAAUGAAUGCACAGACCCAUCCAUCCAUCACUGCGAUCACAAUUGCACCGACACACCCACCAGCUUCACCUGCAUCUGUCAUCCGGGCUACCGCCUAAUGUCCGACGGCAAAACGUGUGAUGACGUGAACGAGUGUGCAGAGACGCCGAGCGUGUGCAGCCAGGUCUGCGAGAACACUCUUGGCUCGUACGUGUGCAAGUGUGCCCCAGGGUUCCUGCGAGAGCCCGAUGGCCGCAGCUGCCGUCAGAACAGCAACAUCGCACCCUACCUUAUCUUCAGCAACCGUUAUUACCUGCGGAACCUGUCAACAGACGGGCAGGCGUACUCUCUGAUCCUGCAGGGCCUGACCAGCGUGGUGGCCACGGACUUCGAUCGUGUCGACAAGCGUCUCUAUUGGAUUGACGUGAGCCGCAGAGUGAUAGAAAGGAUGUUCUUCAACGGCAGUAACAGAGAGGUGGUGGUCAGUGGAGUUCUACAUGGGGAAGGCCUUGCAGUUGACUGGAUAGCAAGGAAACUCUACUGGGUGGACAGCUUCCUCGAUUGUCUCAAAGUGUCUGAGCUGGAUGGUCGAUUUGUGAAGAAACUGGCUGAACACUGCGUCGAUGCCAAUAAUACCUACUGCUUUGAAAACCCCAGAGCCAUUGUGUUGCAUCCCAAAUAUGGAUAUGUAUACUGGACAGACUGGGGAGACAAAGCCUUUAUAGGCCGUGUUGGAAUGGAUGGAAUCAACAAAGCCGCCAUCAUUACCACCAAGAUAGAGUGGCCCAACGGGAUCACGAUUGACUACACUAAUGACAAGCUCUACUGGUCUGAUGCUCAUCUCAAUUACAUCGAGUUCUCAGACUUGGAGGGUCAACACAGACACACAGUGUAUGAUGGAGAUUUACCUCAUCCGUUUGCCCUGACUGUGUUUGAGGACAUUGUAUACUGGACUGACUGGAACAUGCGCACGGUGGAGAAAGGCAACAAAUACGACGGCUCCGGUCGUCAAGUCCUGGUUAACACCACACACAGGCCAUUUGACAUACACGUAUGCCAUCCUUACAGACAGCCUAUCGUAAACAAUCCCUGUACGGUGAACAAUGGAGGCUGCUCUCACCUGUGCCUGAUCCGUCAUGGGGGGCGAGAACACACCUGUGAGUGCCCCGAUCAUUUCCUGACCAUCCAAAUAGGAGGCGUGACCCAAUGCCUUCCCAUGUGCACCAGCACCCAGUACAGAUGUGCUAACAAUGAACGCUGUAUUCCUAUCUGGUGGAAAUGUGAUGGUCAGAGGGACUGCAGGGAUGGCUCAGACGAGCCAUCCACCUGCCCGACUCGCCAUUGCAGGCUCGGACAGUUUCAGUGCAAUGACGGAAACUGCACUAGUCCGCACUUCCUUUGCAACAGCAACCAGGACUGUCAUGAUGGCUCAGACGAAGACCCCGUGCUGUGUGCUACACACCAGUGUGAAACCCACCAGUGGCAAUGUGCAAACAAGCGAUGCAUCCCCGAGUCGUGGCAGUGUGACAGUGAGGAUGACUGUGGGGAUCAGUCUGACGAGGACCCUGCCCACUGCUCCACCAGGACCUGUCGCCCUGGACAGUUCAAGUGCCGCAACGGACGCUGCAUCCCCCAAAGCUGGAAAUGCGAUGUUGAUGAUGACUGCGGUGACAACUCUGAUGAACCAUUAGAGGAGUGCAUGGGACCAGCACAUCGGUGUGACAACCACACAGAGUUUGACUGCAAGACCAACUACCGCUGUGUGCCCCUGUGGUCCGUUUGCAACGGCCACGACGACUGCAGAGACAGCAGCGAUGAGCAGGGCUGUGAUGAACUGACCUGCGAUCCUAACGGAGACUUCCGCUGUGACAACCACCGCUGCAUCCCACUGAGAUGGAGGUGUGACGGGGACGACGACUGCGGGGACAACUCUGAUGAACGCAGCUGCACUCCACGCGCGUGCACGGAGAGCGAGUUUCGCUGUGAUAAUCUGCGCUGCAUUCCCGACCGUUGGGUCUGUGACCAUGACAACGACUGUGAGGACAACUCGGAUGAAAGGGACUGUGAGUUGCGGGCUUGUCAUCCUGGCUACUUCCAGUGUGGUAGUGGACACUGUAUCGCUGAGCGUUUCAAAUGUGACGGCAACGCAGACUGUCUGGACUAUACUGAUGAGAUGUCAUGUCCGACCCGCUUUCCCAAUGGCACAUACUGCCAUGCCCACCUGUUUGAGUGCAAGAACCAUGUAUGUGUCCAGCCUCAGUGGAAAUGUGAUGGAGACAAUGACUGUGGAGACAACUCAGACGAGGAGCUUCACCUCUGCUUGGACAUCCAAUGUGAGACUCCGUUCCGUUUCCGCUGUGAAAACAACCGCUGCAUCUACAGCCAUGAGCUGUGUAACUCCGUUGAUGAUUGCGGUGACGGCUCUGAUGAGAGACAGGAAAACUGCCAAAGCCCCACACAUGGCCCCUGUACAGAUGAUGAGUACAAAUGCAGUAAUGGACAAUGCAUCCCUCUACAGUAUGCCUGUGAUGAUUAUGAUGACUGUGGAGAUCAGUCGGAUGAGUUCGGAUGCCACCAUGGCAGUGGGCACGUGUGCAGUGACAACAUCUGUGAACACAACUGCACCGACUUGACCCAGGGAGGCUUCCUCUGCUCCUGCAGGCCUGGCUACAAGCCCAGAAUGACAGAAAAACACACCUGUGAAGAUGUAAAUGAGUGUGAAGUAUAUGGGACGUGUCCUCAGGAGUGCAAGAACACAAAAGGCAGCUAUGAGUGCUUUUGUGCUGAAGGCUUUCACUCGUUUGGCGAACCGCAUGGGACAGAGUGUGCCGCCCAGGGAAACCCACCAGUGCUGCUCUUGCCGGACAACGUUCGCAUCCGUCGUUUCAACCUGUCGUCUGAGGAGUACUCAGACUAUGUGGACAAUGCCGAGCACAUCCAAGCUUUGGACUACCUGUGGGAUCCAGAGGGACAAGGCCUCAGUAUUGUGUACUGGACAGUUCUGGGUCCGGGAUCUCACUUUGGCUCUAUCAAACGCGCCUAUAUGACCACAUUCAACGAUCACGGUAACAACCCAGUGAAAGAGGUGGAUCUGAACCUGAGAUACGUCGCUAAUCCAGACGGCAUUGCUGUGGACUGGGUUGGAGGGCACAUUUACUGGACAGAUUCAGGGACCAAUCGAAUUGAAGUGGCCGAACUGGAUGGGCGGUACAGGAAGUGGUUGAUCCACACUGACCUUGACCAGCCUGCUGCUAUUGUUGUCAAUCCAUCACUCGGAAUGAUGUACUGGACAGACUGGGGCAGGAAACCCAAGAUAGAAUCAGCGUGGAUGGACGGUCAGCACAGAGAGGUGCUGGUGAACGAAGAGGACCUGGGCUGGCCUACUGGGCUGGCUCUGGACUAUCUGAACGGAAAUAGGAUCUACUGGUGCGACUCCAAAGAAAACAUCAUUGAGUCCAUGAAGCCUGAUGGCACAGACAGGAAGAUCGUAAUAUCAGGAGAUAUUGGACAUCCCUACAGUCUGGAUGUCUUCGAAGGGCAUGUGUACUGGACGACAAAAGAGAAGGGUGAAGUGUGGAGGACUAAUAAGUUUGGGAAAGGACAUAAAGUCAAAAUUCUAACCAUCAACCCCUGGCUGACUCAAGUCCGCAUUUACCAGGAGCAGCGACACAUCCGUUCAGUGCUCAACCCUUGUAAGAAUGUGUGCAGUCACCUGUGUCUCCUCCGGCCUGGUGGGUACACCUGCGCCUGCCCGCAAGGCUCCUCUCAGUUGGAGUUUGACUCCAACAAAUGCGAUGCAGCCAUUGAGGCACCUGUUGCAAUGCCCCUUGCAUGCAGAUGCAUGAAUGGUGGAACCUGCUACACUGAUGAAGGCGGUCUGCCCAAGUGCAAAUGUCCAUACGGUUAUGUGGGCAGCUACUGUGAGAUGGGGAAGUCAAGGGGCGCUCCAGCAGGAACGGCUGUGGCUGUUUUACUGGCCGUCAUUAUCAUCCUGAUAACUGGAGCUUUGGCUGUGGGGGUUUUCCUCAACUACAAACGAACAGGAUCCUUCAUCCCCUCCAUGCCCAAACUACCCAGCCUCAGUAGCCUGGUGAAGUCCGGUGACACUGGGAACGGGGUGACGUUUCGCUCUGGUGAUAAUGUUGAUCUUGGACCUUCACACAUUGGAGUGUCAUUCAUUGACACGGCCAUGCAGAUGGAUGAUAACUUUGCUAUGGAAGCUGGGAGGCAGCCGAUCACAUUUGAGAACCCAUUAUACGCCACCGCUCCCGGAGUGUCCGGUGAUCCUGCUGUCAUUCAUGCCACACAGGUUACUGUUAAUGUGAGUGGUGAACAGCUGGAGAACAACUUUGUGAACCCGGCGUACCGCGGGGAUCAGGGUGUGGGCGUUGUGAGCACAUCUGCUGUCAGCGCCAAACCUGUUCAGGAGUCAAAGUGGAGCUUAUUCAAACGAAAAUUAAAGCCAAGCACGACAUUUGAAAACCCUUCAUACUCAGAGAUGAAGGAUGAAAAGCCUGUAGGCGGCAGCGGGGACCCUUCUGCCCCUGACCCUUCUCCGUUUGUCCCCCCCACCAAACCUCAGAAGAGGGAUCGUCCCAGCACCUUUUCGCCAACUGAGGACAGUUUCAAGGACACGGCCAACCUUGUUAAAGAGGACAGCGAUGUAUAACCCCUCUCUUACAGACAGGAAUCGAAAAAACAAACACACUUUGCACAGAAUUUAUUUUUUUAUGCAGCCUGUGUACAAAACUCAAAUUGUUUUAGAAAAGAGAA